AUGAAGGUGUUGUAAUGCAGAAGAAUAUCAGCCAGAUGGCGAGGAUCCAUACUCUCUUUUUAAUCCACUGCACCUCACACUUUUUCUUUUUUCCAGUCUUGAAAUAUCCAUAAAUUUCGUUUUUUAUUUUUAUUUUUGUUGUUUCAUGAGGCCGUUACAUAAAUUAACUGUUUCAUUUUUAUAUGUGCAGUUUGGCCCAUUCCAGAAUUUCCGUCGGGUCUGGACUCCAUGAUAAUGCCAUACAACGGUAUGCAUCGAUCUUCAUUUUGGUGCAUCUUUGUAUUCAUCCGGAAGUUGUCACGACCCGAAACUUGGUUGUAUACUUAUCAAUUUGGUCAGCUGUGUGAUAUUCUCCCUAGUGGUUCAUGCUCUAUCUAUUGAGGGAGAUAUGUUCGUUGGCGGCCCUGUUGAAUGGAACUAUAUUCUUGGACCUACCAUCAAUUUCUGACAAUUGUGGAGUCAGGAACCAGAAUAUGGACUGUGAUUAGGUCUUACUUAAUUUGGGCAGAUUCAUUUACAUUAUGCCAAAAUUGGUGUGAACUGGCUUGAACUUCUGUAGAUCAGGGGCUCUUAGCCACGUUUUUUAUUACAUGUCAAGUAAUCUAUCUAUAAAUUUAUGUACAAUGAGCAGAUUUUUUUUGGAGUACACGUUGAAGUGACACUUGCUGGAAUUAUAUUUGUUUAAAAGUGAAAACAGUCAUUUACCGGGAUUGAGUAACUUUAUCCUGUUGUUGCUUCUUGUAAGAACAUCAUGCGUGUGCUUAUUUUCUCUUAAGAACAAAAGAUAUCUGAUCUGGGUUCUUCCCAAUCAUUGUUUUUUCUCUAUCAUCGUGAUGUUUACCAUUAUGUACUAGAAAACAGAAUUGCAUGCUCCAAUACCUCUGCAAAACCUUCCAUAUUUUCCAAGCAGGGGGAAUAUGGCAAAUAUAGUUUUUACUUGUGAUUCCCUACUAUUUAUGCUGCCUUCGGUGGCGUUCAGAUAGAAUGCGCUGAACCGUUCUUUUUUGAAGUGCUUAGUCUGUUGUCUUCAAAUUGAUCACCCAAAAAUGUCUCGAAUCACAUCUUUUAGGAAUAAAACUAGAGCGUAACUUGUACUAGAAAAAACAUUAUUUUUCUUUCACCUCUUCCUGCAUUGCUGAGUGCAUUAUACCUCAUUCAUUUCUCAUUGUUCAAUAUCUGGAUGGAGCAACUUUUUGGAAAAAAAUUUGAUGAGAGAAAGGAGAUAAACUUUCACCACUUUCACAUUCUAGAAGUGAUUACACUCCAUGUUUGCUCUCUAGAAUUUCAUAUUUUUUACACAAUUGUAGUGAUACAUAACAUUCUGUGGAUUAUGUUCUUUUUCCUUCGCAGUCCAUUAUCAUCUGUUUUCAAGACGGGCCCUUUGAGUGAGAAGGUAGUACAUUACAAUUUUCAGAUUUUUCUUUUCCAGCAAUUGAUGCGCUAAAAUGAACCAUUCUUUUCAGUUAAAUGAAGUUCGAUGCUUCUCAUCUUCAGGUAUGCUGCCAUUUAAUUUCACUUUUCCCUUUUUCCCUUGCAUAUGUUUUAGCAAAAAAUAAGUUGUUGCUUGAGGUCACUGCAACUUGCUUUUUCUCUCAUCCUGUUGAUCCCGGGGUAUGAAAUACUUUUCCCAUCUUUCUUAUGUAUUAGUGGUCCGACUACCAGCACUGUGAAUGAAAAAUAAACAAUCUAAGUUAGAUUGUUAGUCCUGGGUCGAACUUAGUUGGUAGACGAAGCUUAUUUUACAGUCAAUUCAUAUAUCAUUGUAGUUCAUUGAUUGCUGCUGUCAAUUAGUCACUUCAUUUGUAUGAUAUAACAUAGUCAUUUUAUGGAAAGUGUAUUGUUCUAUUUAGUGAUAUUACAUGAACAUCAUACAGCGUCCAUAAAAAAGAAUUGAUGUUAGUCUUAGAGAUGGCUUUUCAUGUCUUUGGAUGAAACCGUUUUUCAUUUGGUGAUGGCAAUGACCUUUUAAAACAACAUCCAUGACUUAUCACCCACUGGGCAAGGGUCUGAGACUUCUACAGGCAGUAUUACUGCGAUAGCAUGCUUCUAAGAUGCUGGUUAUGAAUUUUUAUUUAUAAUAAAUUUAAAAUAAAUUAUGAACUGAAAAAUGCGUUUUCAUUGAUCAGACAUGCAUUUCUUGAAAUUGGAAUUACUAUAUUAAGCGUUAAUUUUCUUGACAAUGGGCACAUUCAAUGCUGUUUUUAGUUGUAGAAGGAUACCCAGAAUCUACUGCUGUGCUAGAUUGUUCCAUAUCUAUUAGUUGGGGCUUUCUGGGUGAGCAGGAAAAUAAGUAACAUUGGGGAUGAAACAUCUUAGUUGAGAACCUUGAAAAAUUAUGAGGGCAUGGGAGUAUCAGAAUGUUCAGAUCCAUGUCAUCCAGAUUCAUCAAUUUCCAAAUAAAGGUCAUUGCAGAAGAAUCAAGCCCAUUAAUUCCAUUAUUUGAUUCAAUUGUUACCUUGGCCUGUGUCGUAUGACUGUAGUUACAGUGUAUUCACCGGAUUCCCUGAUGUACAUGACUGUUAAGGAUGCUCAAUCACUUGUGGGUAUUUCUACCGAGCGACUCCGUCCAGUAUCUAAGACACCGAUUAGCAAAAUAAUUGAGUAAAAACUGUAAUGAAACACUGAUGUACCAUGAUUAAUUUCCUAGAGUAUUUCUGCUCACAAAUACCUGGGGGAAGCGUCAUUUUCCACACUUUUUUGUUGUAAGUUUUUCCCUCAGAAAUAAUUGACGCCAGUUUUAAAAAGAUAUUUGUUGCCAUAUCCCUGCAUUUUAUGAAGGAAUGAAAGCACUAAGGCCUGAAAAACAUUUUUUUGGAAGAGGAGAUCAAAUCUGAACUAGUCAGAAAUUGAUAUCGUAGGAAUCUAUGGUCCAAAUAUUUACCCUCUGUUCUUGAACUUGACUUCAUUUUUCUUUUUCUUGAUGGACCAUUAUACCGUCUACAGAAAGCCUUCUUAGUAAUGGUCAUUUUUACUCAGAAAAUGGGAGCAUUUCAAUAAAUCAUACAGGAUACCUACUGUGCCUACUGCAGCAUGAGCAACACUACAGACCUGUUCCUUUUUUUUACGUUGGUGCUUUUUUUAUAAAAAAAAAUAGAUUGGUGCAGCUUUGUUUUCAUAAUCUAAUCUUCUGCUACAUGAUCACUGCAGAGAUUCCUGCACAUAUUGUUCUAACAAUGCCUGCACUGUCCCCAACGAUGGUAAUGAAAAUUUGCCAAUGGCACUUUGUAUGAUGAUAUUACUUCCGCAUUGACUUUUCAUCUGGCUAAUCCUUUAUUUUCAAUGUGUCAUUUCAGAAUCAAGGGAACAUAGCAAAGUGGAGGAAGAAAGAAGGAGAUAAGGUGGACUACUUUAUUACAUAUUUUGUGACAAUAUUUCCCAUUGAAUUCAUUUGCACGUCAUCAUAGAAUUCUCACUCUUGCCGUUUCUUAUUUUUGCAGAUUGACGUGGGUGAUGUUAUUUGUGAGAUCGAAACAGAUAAAGCAACCCUCGAAUUCGAAAGUCUCGAGGAAGGGUAGUUUCACGACCAAACUAUUCACUAACUGAUUCUUGAUUUCCCUGUUCUCUUGAAUUCCUUCUCUGAACAUUUUUGUCAGAUGCAUUUAUUAGGUUCUUGGCUAAGAUAAUUGCUCAUGAAGGUGCAAAAGAUGUACUUGUGGGACAACCAAUUGCUAUCACAGUAUGUUAAUUCAGUUUUAUUUAUCAAUCAUUUCUCUUUUCGUGUAUGGGACAACUACUUCUGCACGGUUAAUUCUACAUUUUUUGGUAGAUUUGCGUCGGAUUUUAUCCAACAGGCAUAGUCCCACUGCUAGGUUGCCUAUUGUUUUUUCGAAGCAGUGCUGGAGACAGUCUUUCUCUAAUUAGAACAAUUUCGUUUGUUGUGCAAGGUUGAAGAUCCAAAUGAUAUUAAGAGUGUAUCAGUCUCUACAUUUGGUGAUUCAGAGAUAAAGGAAGAAAAGACAGCACCGGUCAAAUUGGAAGAGAAAGAGAGCUCAAACAAAAGCACAUGGAACAGGAUAAGCCCAUCUGCUAAGUUACUCAUCACAGAAUUUGGUCUUGAUGCGUCUUCAAUUAAGGCAUCAGGUCCUCGUGGCACUCUCUUGAAAGGUGAUGUGCUGGCGCUUAUAAAAUCAGGAGGCACUUCGUCCAAAGCCAGUGAUUUACUACCACAAGUACUACCUAUAACAUCUCAAAGCUCAAAGGUAGAUUCUCAACCAUCACCACCUCUGUCGAGUGACUACUCCCACCACAAAGAUACUUAUGAAGAUCUGCCAAACAGUCAAAUUCGUAAAGUACGUUUCCCAUACAACUAGAUACUUUAUUUAUUGAUGUAUUCGCUUGGUUGUCAACAUGCCGUAGAAGUUUGAUACUUUUUUGGCUUACUCCUUUAAGUGUUUAAACUGCACCCUAUGUGCUUCAACAUGGUUCUCCAUCAGUAUCUAAAAGAAAGGUAUUUUUACAUUUUAAAGGAUAUGUGAUUCAGGAAGUUAGGUGCCAAGAAUGAGUAGAUAUCCCAUACCAGCAAACAAGAUGUGGUACAAGAAUGAGUAGAACUUGAAGUUAGUCUGGUACAUGUUUGACGUGGUGGGAAGAAUCUUCUGAAGUAACACAUCGGAAGCAUUUCUUUCGAAAGAUGAACCCUAAUGGUCUACAGCGUCGAGAAUUAGAUAAAGUUUGAAUACGGCAAACACAUGCUUUUGGUGCCUAAAUUCUGCAACGGACUAUUGCUUUGUGAUCUUCUCCAUUAUGGGACUUACCCAGGAUGCUUACAUUCUGCAGAAGAGAAGUUUUGGAAUUGCUGACUAAAUAUAUAAUAUUGCCAAAUUCAUCUGAGUUUUGGCAGAUGUUUGCUCUUUUUCUUUUACCUUGUCAACAGUGUCAUCAUCCAUUUCAACAGAUGUUCGCUCUUUUUCUUUUACCUUGUCAACAGUGUCAUCAUCCAUUUCAACUAGAAAAUAUUAGGGAAAAUUAGUACAUUUAGUUUUGUGCAUUGAAAGAUAAGUAAACUGGGGCACAGUUUUUAAUCUCGAAUGUCAUGCUCAAUCUAGGGCGCUCGACUUCAAUUCAUGUUGUAGUAGGGUGCAAGAACAACAAUGUUGCUUGCCAGAAAAGAGCUAUUAAAUAAACAAUGUUGUGAUGUCAUAUAAACGUACAGUUGUGAAAAAGGAUCCUUGUUCACUUGCUUGAAAGCAUUGAACUUCUUAGCAGAUGAUUAGUAUUGAGUAGUGAUGUUGAUUUAGAUAACUUUCUCUGCUCUAGAAGAAUAGAUCACAAUCAAUAGAAAGAUACUAGAAUCUGUAUGAUUUAAGUCAUCUGGUAUAAUCGAUCUCCAUUACCCAAUAAAUGUUUCCAAUUGAGGUGCUUCGCAACUGCAUCUUUCUAACUUUUCAUGAUGAAAACAUGGGAAAGCCAUUGGUUCUUUUUAAGUUUAUGCUUUAUUUUAUUUUCUCUUCAUUAGUUGAAGUUGUUCUCUCGAGUUGAAUGGUUCCGAAUCUUGAGUUUAUCUUUUAAUAUGGUUUUGGUGGAGAUACCAAUCGAUGUUCCUAUUUAAUUUUAAAUGAGGCGAUCAGACGUGUAUAUCCCUGUAUAAGGUUUCUUAUUUUGUAAAUGUAAAUCAAAUUGUCCCUGAGAUCAUUGUCUCACAGGUGAUAGCUAGGCGGCUGCUGGAAUCUAAACAAAACACUCCACAUUUGUAUCUAUCUUCAGGUUUGGAUAUGUCAGAAACUACUUGGCUCUUGAGCUUUCAUGGCUUCAAAAUUUUCAUUUCGGAAAAAUGUUGCUGAUUUUUUGUGAUGGUUAUUUUCAGAUGUUACACUGGAUCCACUGAUUACUUUCAGAAAUAUACUUAAAGGUCUGGUGCCGCAGAGUCCUUAUUUCACUUGUCUUUGUUUGAUGAAAACUCAUUCAUCGGUCUACCUCUAUAUUUAUUCUGGAGCUCAAUAUAAUAAAUAUUUGGUGCGUGGUACCUCAACAUACAGAACAGCACAAAGUCAAGGUUUCUAUAAACGACAUUAUCAUUAAAGCAGUUGCGCUUGCUUUGAAAAGUGUACCUGAAGCAAAUGGUAAGUUUUUUGGAAUAUGCUUCUUUGAACUAACACAGCUUCCAUGAUAUAAACUUGUGUAUCGUAUGAUUAUAUUAAUUUAAUGCUCAGAUAAAUAGCACACGUUUAUCUGACUACAUGGUAAACUAUGGAUUUCUAUCAUCCAUCGUUUGCCAUUCUUCUGAUUGAUCCAUGUUUCCCACGUGUCAAUAUCAUAAGGAUUCUAAUCUGUUUUGACGCAGUAUUGACUUGCAAAGUUAGGGGUUCUAUAUGAUUUGACUAUAUGCCACUACCGACAAGUAUUCAUUCUCAGUUAUGCAAAAUAAGUCCGGAUGCGAAUUCAUAUGACUCUUUGUUAUUUGUCAGAUGUGAUUCUUUAUCCAGUAAUGCAUUAUCUUAAGUUAUAAAGAGUUCUAUGAACACUUCUCCAAAACUUUUCUUUUUAGUUGAUACUGAAUACUUAAUACUUAUUUCCAGCGGCACAUUAGAAAAUUCAGUAGACAUCGCCAGAUGAUUUUUUAUUGAGCGAAUGUAGUGUUCCCUUAAGCAGCCGAUUUUUUCCUGUUUGCCAGGGUAACUGAUUAUUUUUUUUAUUUUUUUAGUAUUUAUGCUCUCAAUUGAAUGUUUAAUACUGGAUGUUACCACUUUUUAAUAUUGAUUUAAGUCUUUUAAAAUAUUCUAAGGGAGAUGUUUUAGUUUCUAUUCGAGAUUUCUAACACUAAAGCGCCUGAUUGCUGCCAGCAUGAUGCUACAUUUUCGUUGUCUUCACAAUGUCUUAUGCGAGUUUAUUUUUCUGCCUUUAUAGCUAUCAGAACUCUUUUUACCUUUAUUAAAAGCCAUUUAUCUCACCCGCCUGUGUUAACAUGCUUGUGCAUCUCAACUAUUUCACGUGCAUUUUCUUUUGGUUUAGCUGUGUGGAUUAUUAUCAAACAUUUUUUUAUGAUAUGGGAUAGCCUGAUUGUGUGAGGGCAUUCACUAAGCUGUAUUGUCUCUUUUUUCUAAAUCAUCUUGGGUAUUUUUCAGCUUAUUGGAAUGAUGAAAAGGGAGAUGUUUCUCUGUGUGAUUCCAUUGAUAUUUCUAUUGCUGUGGCCACUGACAAGGUAUGUUUGAGCACUGUUCUCUGUCAAAGAGAUCAAACUCGGACCUAAUUCAAAUUAUUUUUGAGUUACAGGGCUUGAUGACCCCCAUUGUUAGAAAUGCGGAUCAAAAGUCUUUGGUGGCAAUAUCCUUAGAGGUACUUUUAGAAAAUACUUGGAUUUACAUGCAAAUGUGUGAUACGCUCAGGAUAAUUAUGUGCAGUUGUCCUUGCUAAAAAUUUGUCUAUCUGAAUUAGUCUAAUCCUUUUUUUAUGUGCAUAUAUUUUGAUUUUGAAUAUAAUGUGCUUAUUGGUUCUAAUGGAGAGCCUCACAAUAUAAAAAAUCCUUUUAAACACUAUAAAGUGGGACUAGUACUGUGGUUGACAUACCUUUGUCCAUCCUGAUCGUCUUACUCGGAAAUAGAUGUUUAAUGCAUGAAAUAGUCGCAUCAUGCUAACCGAGGUGGCUCUGUUGAGAAUGAUGGUGAUUUAGUGCCUUAUUACAACAUUCAAUUGGGAAUCAAUUCUCAUAAGAAGUGUUAGGCCAUGUUAUAAAAGCAGAUGGUACCUCCUGUUCUCUCAGGACGAAGGUGGAAGCCGGGAGAUGUUGACCCCAUAAGGAAGAUUUUCUUCUAGUUAUGUAUUGCAGUGUCAUUGCUAGGUUGUGCUGCUUCCUCCCGAUCUGCUCAUUUAGAUUGUAGAUUCCGGUACCAAGUUGUCCCUCAGUGAUCUCUGUGUUUGAUUGUCUCUCUUUUUCACUUUUCACUUGUUCAGUCUUGAUUUUCCGUUUUUACUUUUUUGUUGUUAAAAUAGUUCUUUGCUGAAAAAGAUGCUUAUCCAUCUACCAUUCAGGUUAAAGAAUUGGCAGAGAAGGCUCGGAUUGGGAAGCUUGCUCCUGCCCAGUAUCAAGGUGGGACUUUUAGGUGAGUUUAUUUAUUAAUUUGUCAUUCAGCGUCUGCUUUCUUCUCCGCUCCUCGAAAUUAUACUGCGGACAUUUAUUCCCAUCUGUUAUGCAGCAUAUCAAAUCUAGGAAUGUUCCCCGUGGACCAUUUUUGUGCAAUUAUCAACCCUCCUCAGGUACCACUCUGCCCUUAUGUCCUGUGCCUUUGCCUCUUUAUAGCAUGUUUUGAAGAGUAUCUAGUUACAAAUUGUCGGAAUCAAGAUAUGCACAUAAAAGCCGAUCUGAGGUGUCUUCUGAUAGACACUUUUUAUCUCUUCUGAUUAGAAUAUCUCACGGAAGAAUGACAUAAGUAACCAAUCAAUGUGUGUCUCUUGAAUCUAGGUUCUUCCAUACAGAUACAGAACAGUAUGGCUCCAAAAGAGUUUUUAAAAUGGAAAAUUAUGUAUACAGUGCGAAAUGUUUCCUUUAUUGUUUAUUUUGAACAUAGAUUUCCAGUUGUUUUGACGACUGUAGACAGAUUUAUAGACUAAGCGAACGGAAUUUUUCUGGAUUAGAAAAUAAAACAUUAGAUGUUUUGGUGGCUAUUCUUAUAAUUUCUAGUAACUUAUUAAUUCUUACCUUUCCCGGAGGACAUUUCAUUUUCACACCUUCGUAGGCUAUUAAUCGAUCUCACGUUGGAUUUUAGAGUCUAUCGCGCCACUUAGCUUUUGGGUUCCGCUUCAGCUAACUCAUAAUUGUUAUCUGCAAGUUUCUGUAGAUAGUCCAGAUAUAUUUGUACGUUCGGAUUCACAUAUUCGUGCUUACCUCUUUACAAAAAGGUGUUCCUUUUGAUAUGUUAUGUUGUGAUGAACUCCUUUUGGAUUCACCCCUUCUGUUGUGAUAAAUCCUGAAUGGGCACAGUAAAUGGUGAUGAGGAUUCGCCUGUUGUUCUCUGUAGGCAUGCAUUCUGGCAGUUGGUCGAGGCAACAAAGUAGUCGAAGCUGUAGUGGACAGUGAUGGUAAGACAGUUUUUAAAAGCAGUAUCAUCCAUGUUUUGUCACUUCCUCGGAUAUCUAGAUCAGUCUUGUUUCCACUUUCUUGUGUAGGCACCGAGAGGCCCGCGAGCGUUACAAAGAUGCAGUUAAAGUUAUCUGCUGACCAUCGUGUUUUUGACGGAGAAAUCGGAGGUAUUACCUGAAAAAUGAUGAGGCUGAGGGUAUCUUGUCUGCCAGUUAAUCUCAAGUCGAUCACUUUGGUUGUUUUUGCAGGCAAAUUCCUCUCAUCCUUGGCAUUGAACCUGACCGAUGUUCAGAGACUUUUACUGUAA